UCCCAGCUCAAAAGCUUACAGCGAUCGCCGGGCUCCAGUGUUUUCAGUCGUCAAACGGCAGCAUCCAACACCAGUCGCUAGUUGCGGAAUCCACAGAAGCUUCGCAGCCGGAGGAACAUUGUUUACCCAACUGAUCUUACAAGAUGUUCGGAAAUCAUCGACUUAUGCUCUUCUGCCUCUUCCUGGGAUCAUUGAUCUAUGUAUCCCUGGCCAUCGAGGAGUCGGCGGACAUCGAGGAGGAUGUGAUCAGCAUAGCCAACCAAACGCAGAAGGUGAUCCGCGUGCAUCCGCAGGACCUUCCGCCCAAGAAAGACAACACCGGCAGCCAAAUGAACUCGGCCUUCUUCCAGAUCCAGACCCUCAAACCCCCCACGGGAUCGGGAUCGGGAUCCGGAUCGGGAUCUGGAGGUAGCCAGCGGCAGUAUGUGGACUCCAAGCAGAUGAGGAAGAGGCGCCCCAGGCCAGCGAAGCUAAUGGGCGGGAAUGUGGCCGCCAGUGGUGAAGAUGCGAGCGAGCCAGCCUUGAAAUUCGAACUAAAAGCCUUUCCCAAGCAGAAACUCAAGCAGCAGAAGCAGCUAAACCUGGACGCUAAGACAUCCGGGGAGUUGUUGCCCCGGAGGACGGAGGUGGAGGUCCAGGGUCAAGUAUUACCCGUCCAGAUGACGCCGGGCCCCUAUCCCGUCUACUAUGUGGUGUCCAAGACCAACGGUCGCUUCGGCAAGUUCCCCAUCAAGUCCUUCCGCUCCCAGUCGGAGUUCGCCAAAUAUCUGGUGAAGAGCAAGGCGGAGCCCAUCAGUCGGGAUCAGCGAUUCGAGGUGAUCUUGUGAUCUUCUAUACUUAGUCAAUCGUAAAGUCUAAAUUAUUACCCCCUAAUCGUAGUCGUAGUCAUAAAACUAAUAUUAUAACUGCUAAUUGCCGCAAUAAACCCAUGUCUAAACUUAGAAACUGA